AUGGAGAGUCAGAGAGUCCAGUCCUCUUACAGGAGACGUUUUGGGUUCACUAGCUCCAGCAGCACAGGGGUCAGAAUUGGGAGCCUUUCCUCAGGCCGCUACUCCUGGCAUGGCACCCCUCGCACCCUAACCCACUCCAGCCCCGUCUCCCGGAUCUCCCUGGGCUCCACCAGCAUGGCCAUGCUCGGAGGGAGCACAGGGGACCGACUGGACUUCUCAGCUGAUUCCUUGAUGAAGUCCCAGUUCAAGGAGACGCGCACCAACGAGAAGGUGGAGAUGAUGGGCCUGAACGACCGCUUUGCCAGCUACAUCGAGAAGGUGCGGCUGUUGGAGCAGCAAAACAAGGUGCUGGUGGUGGAGCUGAACCAGCUGAAGGGGAAGGAGCCCAGUCGCCUUGGAGACAUCUACCAGGAGGAGCUGAGGGACCUGAGAAGGCAAGUGGACAGUCUCACCUCUGGCAAGGCCCGUCUGGAGAUAGAGAAGGACAGCCUGGCUGCGGAUGUGAGCACGCUCAAGCAGAGGUUGCAAGAAGAGAUGGGCCUCCGACAGGAUACAGAAAACAGUUUGAAUACCUACAGACAGGAUGUGGACGAGGCUUCUCUAAAUCGUGUCCAGUUGGAGAGGAAGAUUGAUGCCCUGCAGGAUGAGAUACUCUUCCUGAAGAAGAUUCACGAGGAGGAGCUGCGUGAGUUCCAGGAGCAUAUCAUGGCUCAGCAGGUGCAUGUGGACCAGGAUGUGUCCAAACCAGACCUGACUGCUGCUCUGAGAGACAUCAGGGUCCAGUAUGAAACUAUGGCCUCUUCAAACAUGCAGGAGACGGAGGAGUGGUAUCGCUCCAAGUUUGCCGACCUGACAGAUGCAGCCAAUCGUAACGCAGAAGCUCUUCGCCAGGCCAAGCAGGAAGCCCAUGAAUAUCGCCGUCAGAUCCAAGUGGUGACCUUAGACCUGGAGGCUCUCCGUGGGACAAACGAGUCUCUGGAACGUCAGCUCCGGGAGAUGGAGGACCGCUUCUCCAUGGAGACGACCGGUUACCAGGAUACGGUGAGCCGCCUGGAGGAUGAGACCCACGGGCUGAAGGAGGAGAUGGCCAGACACCUGCAGGAGUACCAGGACCUCCUCAACGUCAAACUGGCCCUGGAUAUCGAGAUUGCCACCUACAGGAAGCUGCUGGAGGGGGAGGAGAGCAGGAUCACUAUUCCAGUUCAAAGCUUUUCCAACCUGCAGUUUAGAGAAACUAAUCUGGAAACUAAAAUGCCAGAGCCCCACGUGAAGAGGAGCAUCCUGGUACGAACUGUGGAGACCAGAGACGGGGAGAUCAUUAAGGAAUCAACCACUGAACACAAAGAUCUUCCUUGA